AUGGGGAGGAAGAUCGAGCUGUCCAACGACGCGCCAUUCGUGGUCCGGCUGCCACCGGAGGCCUCGCAGGGCGACAAGGUGCUCACAUCUUUCCCCAGCGUGGUCGCAUGCGCGGCUGGAGUCGACCAGUGCGCCAUCUGCCUGGAGGAAGUCGGGCCCGCCGAGGUGCUCACAGAGCUUUCCCAGAGUUCUGCCAGAAGGUUCUGCUCCAGAGGGCGGGUGUUCCUUUCAUGUACUUUCUUUCUUUCACAGAGCUUCCUUGACAUUCUGACUGUCUAUUCCCUGACAUCCUUUCUUCUUUCACAGAGCUUUCUUUCAGAAAAACGGUGA